AUGAGGGAAGGCAAGCCUGAUCCGGCCAUCGCCGUCUUCCUCGCCGCCCUCUUCGUUGCGUCGGCGGUGCCCCUGAUCAACGGAGCCGACGGGGAAGAGCCCGUAACGCAGCUGUCGAACGGCUUCACCGCGACGCACUUGGCCGACGCGCCGGGGCGGUUCGAGCCGGUGCUGUACUCGCACAACGGCGUCUUCGCCUUCGGCUUCCUCCGCGUCGGCUCGGCGUCCCUGGACCUCGCCGUCGUCCACCUACCUUCGUCCUUCCCACUCUGGCGUGCCACGCCGGACCGUGUCGCCGACUGGUCGCGGCCGGCUACGCUCUCCUUCGACAGCCGCCUGGUCCUCACCGUCCCCAGGGUCGGCGAGCUCUGGAGCACCCUCAACGUCGUCGGCGAUACGGUCGCGCUCCUCAACUCGUCCGACCUCGUCAUCCGGCUCUUCAACGGGCGCGGUACGCCUUGGCGUAGCUUUGAAAACCCAUCGGACACGCUCGUCCUAGGCCAGAACUUCACCAUGUCCUCGCCGCCGCUCAUCUCCAAGAACCGCCGCUUCUCUCUGCGGUUCGCCAAGACGUACAUGGCGCUGUACAUGGAGUUCUACGGUGGAAGCAAGAGGCCGAUGUACUGGCAGUACACGGCUCGCGAGGCCCAGCCAGAGAACGCAACGCAGCCGCCGGUGUACGGACGCCUGGACAGCCGCGGCUUCUUCGGGUUCUACCUCCUGGGUGGCGACCAGAGCGUCGACAUGCUUGCGUUCGACACAUUCGUCCGGAACCUCACCGGCGCCUUUCGGCGGAUGACCCUGGACGACGACGGCAACCUCCGCGCAUACUACUGGACAGAGGGCUCCAAAGCUUGGACCUCCGACUACAAGGCCAUUUCCGGGCCGUGCGAGCUGCCGACCUCGUGCGGCGCUUACGGCCUGUGCGUGCCCGGAGGAGCGCCCAGGUGCCAGUGUCUCAUCAACAGCACCGCACCGAUCGCCCCGCAAUGCCGCGCCGAGGAGUCCACCGACCUCUGCGGGGGCGGCGGGGGGCAGCUGUUCGACGUUGUGCGGCGGAACCGGGUGUCACUGGCGUACAAGGAGCAGCUGCCGUUCGAGACGUACAAGACGGCGGCGGAGUGCGAGCAGUCGUGCGCGGCCAGCUGCAGCUGCUGGGGCGCGGUGUACAACGGCGGGAGCGGGUACUGCUACCUCGUCGACUUUCCCGUGGAGACGGUGGUGUACGAGGCCGACGACCGGAAGGUGGGCUAUUUCAAGAUCAGGAAGGCGCGACAGCAUAGCGCAGCGGGGCGGGGCAUGUCGCCAGGCGUGACAGCCGCGGUGGUGGUUGCGUCGCUGGUCCUGGCGAGCCUGGCCGUGGCCGGGGCGUACGUCGGGUGGCAGCGGUGGCUGCGGCAACGGCGGGCUGGCGGUGUGGGGAUGGAGCAGGAGCUGACGCCGGGCCAUUACAGGGACCUCAAGUCCAUGGACAGCCCAAACAAUUCCUUCAAGACGUGA